UUUCUGUGUUUGAAGAAUAUAAGAACAUUCCUUUCUGCCUGUUGUGAAAUAUUUGGAAUGAAGAAGAGUGAACUUUUUGAAGCAUUUGACUUGUUCGAUGUUCGUGAUUUUGGAAAGGUUAUAGAAACUUUAUCCAAACUUUCUCGUACCCCUAUUGCAUUAGGCGCCGGAAUAAGGCCGUUUCCUACAGAAGAGAGUGUGAAUGAUGAAGACAUAUACAAAGGCCUUCCAGAUUUAAUAGAUGAAACGAGGGUGGAUGAAGAUGAAGACCUUUAUGAUUGUGUUUAUGGGGAAGAUGAAGGUGGUGAAGUGUAUGAAGACCUCAUGAAAGCUGAAGCAGCACAUCAACUUAAAAGUCCUGAGAAUGACAUAAGAACCUGCUGUCUUUCUGAAAUAAAACAGACUGAAGAGAAAUACACCGAAACACUGGAAUCCAUUGAAAAG